AUGUCAGUUGCUCCAGAAACGUCGACAGCAGAAAAAAAUCAGGCAUCUGUAGAAAACACACAAGCAGAUCUGUACGCUCAAGCAAACAUUUAUCUUGCUAAGCAGACAAAACCAGUGAUAAUUCCAUCAUUUGCCAAAUGGUUUGAUAUGAAUGGAAUUCACCAAAUAGAGAAGAAUUCUUUACCUGAUUUCUUUUCGUCUCAAUCUAAUUCCAAGUACAAGAAUGCAGAAAUUUACAAGAAUGUUAGGGAUUUCAUCAUUAAUGCUUAUAGGUUGAAUCCAAUUGAAUACUUAACGCUCACUGCCAUCAGAAGAAAUAUUGCCAUGGACGUAGGCUCACUUAUGAGAAUCUAUGGAUUUCUAUCUAAAUGGGGUUUGAUUAAUUACCAAAUUGAUCCUAAAACUAAGAGUUUCACUAUGGGUCCUCAGUUUACUGGACACUUUCAAAUCACUUUAGACAAACCAAAUGGGUUUGCCUUACAAAUGAAUGAACGUGCAGUUAGUGCGGAAGGAGACAAUGGCAGUGCUGAUGGGGAUAAUGUUAGCACGCAUAAUGUCAAUGAUGUAAACGGUGAAGGUAAAUCUGUGGUCACAGCAGUGAUGAAUGAAGAUGAGCCAGCCACUAAAAAACAAAAGAUUUCAAACAGUGUUACACCUGAUGUUAAGUUAAACUUACAAUUGAGAAAAAAUGUUUAUGAUUCCGCAAGCGAUGCAUUUGUUUUACAAGAUACUAAUAACAAUUCAAAUAAUGCCAAACAGGUCAAAAGAGUCUAUUGUUCAAUCACUGGUAAUGACAUUACGGAAACUAAAUACCACAAUUUAAAGAAUAAAUCAAAUAUUUCACAGGAGUGUUUUGAGAAUUCCCAAUUUGAAGAUUUCUUUAAAAGCACAGAUUAUGUUAAACUGGACAAAACUGUCUUAAAUAAUACCAAUAAACCAUGGAGUAACAAUGAGGUAUUACUUUUGCUUGAAGGUAUUGAGAUGUUUGGUGAUGAUUGGAAUUCAAUUUCCGGGCAUGUUGGUUCAAGACCUAAAGAUCAGUGUAUCUCGAAAUUCAUCCAAUUACCAAUUGAGGAUGCCUAUUUGUUCAAGCAUAUCUCCAAAUCUUCUUAUGUCGAAUACUUGAAAAAAUUAAAAGAAAAUAAAACCAUUGAUUUGUCGUCCAUAUUAGAGAAGCUAGCAACGGGCAACAAUUUAUCCAUUACAUCAACCACUACAACUUCUACUACAACCACCCUUGAUUUGCAUAAUGAUAAUAGCAACAACAAUAAGAUUGAUGCCACUAAUAUCCAGAAACAUGCUCAAUCAGAAAUUGCAAACCAAGAUAAAAUUAUAAGUUCUAUUCUCAAGUUGUCCUUGCGCAAGUUCGAACUCAAGCUACAGGGAUUUAUGAAUUUGGAAUCACGUAUAAGUGAACAAGAGAAAUUCAUUGAGUCUGAAAAGGAAAACCUGAUUCUAGAUAAAAUGAAAGUUAAGAAACAGUGUGUAAGAGUUCGACAAGAACUACAAAAGGCUUCUGAAAUUAUCCAAUCUGUUCAAAACAUGGACCCCAUUACCCCUGAAAACAUCGAUUCAGUUGUCGUUGAAGCUCUGGCACACCUUGAUCGUGUUGUUGCAGAGAUUAAAUAUGAUCCAACUGUUACUACAAACGUGAGCUCCUUGAAUGCUGCUGCUCUCGAAAACAAUAAAACUGCUGAAGUGUCUACUGAAACUCAGAAAGUCGAAGAGUUUGAAAAACCUAUUAGUAUUGUCGAGCCUAAACUGUAUACUAUGUGGAGUGCAUGA